AGCAUCUAAAGAAGAAAAAGGAGUAGUCAUUUAUGAGACUGUGCCUGCAAUGUUUUGAUGGAAAUGUCGUAGGGGGUCUGCGUUUCCUGCCUGAGUACAAACUAAUCGUUAUCAGGCAGCCGCGAGCAGCUCCUCACUGAUGUCUUGCAUCACUCGUGCAUUCCAUAGGGCAAUAAAGGGGCUGGAACUGCCUGCGUCUUCUAACGGGAAGCGAGCUCGGCUGGAUCCAGGCAGCAAGGCCCUCAAACUGAGGAGGUGUUGGACACUUUUCACACGUUUCAUUAGUCAGGAUGGCUGUUGGCUUCCACGGAUAUAUUUCAGCCUGUGUUGGCGUGGUUCUGAUGGGGCUUGUGGUCUGCGAGAAACAAAAGUUUCUUUCGCAGCAGGGUGCAUCCCUGUUUCUUCACAGAUAUCGACGUGCAAAUUCCUUCUGGGAAGAAGGUAAGCAGGGCAAUCUGGAAAGAGAAUGUAUUGAGGAAUACUGCGUCAAAGAGGAAGCCAGAGAGAUCUUUGAAAAUGUUCCUGAAACGGAAUACUUUUAUCCAAGAUAUGUAGACUGUCUUGGUGCUUACCGGUCAGAGGUUUCAAACUUUCGUGUGGCCUUGGACAGUGAAGCCCCAAGUGACAGGAGAACUUGCAUUAAAGAGAUUUCUGACCAGUGUAAACCUCUACCGUGCAAUAAAGAUGGCUACACUGCAUGCCAUGAUGGAUCUGCGAAGUUCACUUGUGUCUGCAGACAAGGCUGGCAAGGAGAAAGAUGUGAAGAAGACUUAAAUGAAUGUGAAGACUCUCAUAAUGGAGGCUGCAAUCAAACCUGUCAAAAUUUUCUGGGAGGAUAUCGCUGUCUUUGUGAAAAUGGUUAUGUUCUUCAUCAAGAUGAGCAUAAGUGUGAAGAUAUAAAUGAGUGUGACACAGUUAAUGAUGCCUGUGGAACUGCAGUUUGUGUGAAUACUCUUGGAAGCUAUGUCUGCAAGUGUGACCUUGGUUACAAGUACAAUUCCACAACUAAAUCUUGUGAAGAUAUAAAUGAAUGUGAUCAAAAUAUCUGCUCACAAACUUGUGUGAACACAAAUGGAAGUUAUUCCUGCUAUUGUGAUGGAAAAGUUGGAGUGAAGUUAGCAGAAGACAUGAAGAACUGUGAACAAAUCCCAGUCUGUCUUCCUCUUAACACAGUGAAAAACUAUGAGCUGCUGUAUUUGGGUGAACAGUUCAGUGGCGCACCUGUUGUAUAUCUCAGAUUUUGGCUUCCAGGGGUCACCAGAUUUACUGCAGAAUUUGAUUUAAGAACCUAUGACCCAGAAGGCGUCAUCCUCUACACUGAAUCACCAGAUAGUCAGUCUUGGCUUCUGCUUGCACUUCGUGAUGGGAAAAUAGAAAUUCAGUUUAAGAAUGAAUAUGGUGGCAAAGUCAUCAGUAGUAGCAAAAUGGUUGCCGAUGGUCUGUGGCAUAUAAUUUCUGUUGAAGAGUUGGAAAAGAGCAUCACUGUGAAGAUAGCAAAGGAAGCCGUUAUGAGCAUUAACAACCCUGGACGUCUUUUCCCACUCACCAAUGGCACAUUAGAAGCAAAGGUUUACAUUGCAGGACUCUCUCCGAAGAACAGCAUUCUUAAUACGAUAAACCCCCGUCUUGAUGGGUGCAUUCGUGGCUGGAACUUAAUGAAACAGGGUGCCUCAGGAGUGAAGGAGGUGAUUCAUGACAAGGAGAGUAAGCACUGUUUUGUGACUGUGGAAAAGGGCUCGUAUUUUCCUGGGACUGGAGCCGCACACUUUCACCUGGAUUAUGCUGAUGACCCCAACAGCCGUGAGAUGUGGGCAGUAAAUGUGACAAUGAGUGUUCGUCCUUCCACAGGCACCGGAGUCAUCUUUGCCUUGGUCCAGGAAAAAUCAGUACCACUUGCAUUAUCCAUUAGAGAUUCCAAAGUCAGAGGUGUACAGGAGGUGAUUGUAUCAGUUGAGAAUAUUGUAAUUGCACGUUUGGACUCCCACAGGUUAUGUGGUCCAAGAAACCUUCUGCUCAACUUGACAGUAACAAAAGAAUAUAUAGAGCUUACAGCUGAAUCAUUCAUUAGUAUAAAUUAUACAGAAGGAAAAGAACUUGAACAGCAGCUUAAUAUUUUACACCAGGCAGUUAAGGUGAAAGUUGACACAUAUCUCGGUGGCCUUCCAGAUGUCCCUAUCACUGCAACCCCAGUGACUGCCUUUUAUAAUGGCUGCAUGGAAAUUGAAGUUAACGGUGAGAAGCUUGACUUGGAUGAAGCUGUCAGCAAAGAAAAUGGCAUUAGAUCACAUUCGUGUCCACAUAUAUAUCAGUAGUUAACUACUUGGAACGUUUUCUGUUAGGCAUUGUAGACCUUCUAGUAAAUAAAUAACACCAAACAUGUAAACUGGUUACUUUUUUACUCAAAAAAUGCAUAGCAUCAGUUUUAAAUGCAAUGUGGAAAUGUAGUUUAUGAACAUGUAAUUGCAGUCAGUUGCCUUAAUGCGCUGAAAUAGGACUUGUGAAAAAUGAACUGUUAAAUAGUGUAACUUAACUUUAAAAAUCAUGACAUAAACGAAAUUGAAUUGCAUGGCAAGUUGUGCUUCUCUUGCACAUGAUCAUAGCCUACUUUUCAGAGAAUGUAAUGCUGACAUGGCAAGCUAGUGAUUUCUCAUAGACUGUGCUGCGACUCUUGCUUGAAUUCAUGUGCAGAUGUACAAACCUUACCCUGGUACCCUGUAGGCUGUUAACUCUGACUUGAUGGAUGUUUGAAAGGGAUACUUAAAAGUGCUGCAGAGCAGUUAACCUGACUUUAUAUACUUACUGCAUUGAUACCUCUCUGGGCAGUUUCUUGUAGCUGUCACAGGUCAGGCACCAACAGGGAAUGUAUUUGUUUCACUUAAUUAAAUUUAAAUACAGUGAAAAGUUGACUUGUCUUGAUUUCAGCUAUCAACUGCUUACAGAAUUUAGUCCAUCCUGGAGUCUGUUUUGGGUUAUAGUACAUAAAAUUAGGACCUGCUCUACUGAAUUCCCAAUUCAGUGAAAGUCUGAAAAAUAAACAGACCUAUGGACCUGACUGAUGUAAUAGGCAAGCCUACGCACUUCUAUGGAGGUUUAUUUGUAUUCUUCAUCUCCUUACUUAGUAUAACCUGCUUCAGGGUUGCACAACCUAAGCACAGGUCAAGAAUUUGGAAUUCACAGAACCUUGCUGAUGCAGGUCUUGGCUAACUACCCUGCCCUGACUUGCCCAUCAUUAAUUUAUGAGGUUCUAUUCUCUGUCAGGCAGUGACAAAAGAAUGUGCACUCUUACUUGUGUAUUUCAGAAAUCACUGGAGAACAGUAAUUAUGUACCCAAGAAACUUCAACAUAACACUCCAUGUUAUGCUAUUUCUAUAUUUAAACAUUGCAUUGUUACCUGCUUUGCCUAUUAUGUUUUUCUGUUCUUGGUAUUCAGAACUUGUAUGAUAAUAAUAAUGCAUUCAUUUUUUGAUGGAAUACCUGCUUUCAAGAGGUCUCAGUUUUGAAUAAUUGGACUUGAAAUAACACAGUUCAUCAAAUUCUGUUUUAAUUUGCUGUGAGCAGUAUAGGCUUUCAAGCCAUAAACUGCCAAUGUGUGCCUCAAGAUUUUUUGUUUUAAACUGGUAUCUUUUUUAUUUCAGUAUUCAUUAACAAGGGUUCCUAAAACAUCCUGUUUUUAUGCUUUCCUGAUUCUGAAUAAUCAAAUUUGAUAAAGCCACAGAGUUGGAAAACUCCCACUACCCAAGUCAGUUUAUGCCAAGUACUUUGCAAACCUUGCCAUACUUCUGUCAGUGUGCUGGAUGUAGGAUUAAUCUUUGCUUUUAGUUAACUGGUGACUGACAUCCAAGCCUGGGCUUGAGCUGCAGAAAAGCAUAGUGCUAUUGAGUGGCCCAGAAUGCUCUCUGUAGAAAUACUCAUCAAAAUUAAUAUAUGCUGUGAGAUUUCCCUCAGGAUAAUCAUGUACAAGCUGAGGUUACUGACAGACGCUCUCAGGAUUACAGUAACUGUCCAAAAAUUUGAUUAUUUCACUGUUGGAUUAAACAGUCACCAGAAUCAUCCCUUUGAGUAGAAUCAUGCGUCGGGUAUGUUUUGAACAGACACACACGUCCAUGCAUGCAUGUAGUGUCAUUGCCAAAAGUCGAUUGAGAUUUACUGUUGCCUACUUGUGCUCACUGUGUGGACAUACAGUUUAUAAAUUAACCUGUUCCUUGUGAGUGGUAGAGCAGGUUUGUGAUGGCAAGCUGUGCAGCUGGUAAGUUAAAAAUGCUGUGGUAAGGGAGAAGCAAGCACAUGCCAUACAUUUUGCUGAUAUUAUCUGGUCAACAGGCUGAACUCAAAUAUAGUGUGAAUGUGCUUCCCUCUACCCAUCCCCCAUGCAUUAGAGCAGUCGACAGCAGCCCCUUUUCAAACCACUUAACAUUGAAAUACCAAAAUCAUCAGGAAACAGAGCAUCCAUGGCAUGUUGCAGUCAAAGUGACUGAACAGACCUACAGUCCCAUGUGCAGAAUGUUAGCAACACAGUGCUGCAUUAAGGAUAUCAAGAGGAGAUUGUCAUAGUCACUAAUUCCGUACAUAAAAACAAAACCUUGCCUGACAUUGUAAACACCAGUACCUUUCCUGUUCAUGGUCUUCACUUCUUAAUCAUGCUGCUUUCCAAAACAAUAAAGUGCACUGCUGAUAAUCAGUGGCUUCAGGGGAGAACUAGUAAAAUGCUAAAACCUGCUGGUGCCGCUAUAUGAAAAAACAGCACUAGAUGCAGUUGGUGGACUUCACCAUUUUUCUGUGAUGUGGGCCACAACCUGCUGAAAAAUGCAAGUCAUCUCUAGACAUUUAAAGCAUGUAGUUGGCAACAUCACUACAUAGCAUGAAAAUACAGGAUAGAACUGAGAAGCCACCACUGCCUGCACUUCAGGGGAUGACACGUGAUGUGACAGAGGUUACGGCAGUGGUCCUACUUUGUCAUCAUCCAUUCUACUGGUAGUUUCGAAGGCUGACAGAGACCAUUCCUAACCCCUUUUAAGAGUAUGCAUGUCUAGAACACACUAGUGAGAGUAUGCAAGACUUGUCUGUUUCAAGUGAUACAGUGAAGAGAAGCAUCAACGCAAACAUUGAUUAUGUCAUAAAGAGCGCUUAUGCGAUCAUGUCAUAUAUAUUCCAACAGCUGUAUAUAAUGCAUGUCACAGUUAUGUCCGUAUUUGUUGAACACUGUGCCCCAUGGUCUAUGCACCAGUGAACUCUAGGAAUAUAUGCACAUACAAAGACAUGUUUUACACAGGCAGAGGGUAUGCAGCUGGAGCUCAAUAUCAUUAUGUCUAACUUCAGCAUCAGAGUAUGUACACUCUGCAACUCUGUAAUCCAUGGGAGAAGCCAUAAAGCCUAUUUCUUCCAUCUGCUCAAAGUAAUAUGAAGGAAUUUAUGGCAAUGAUGAGAACAUGUCUGCAUGUUAUUAUCUGACAGUCUUCUUACACCCCCCCCGAAUGAAAUAUCACCAGCAUUUUAUACAUUUUGAAAGCAUGCUAUGCCUUAGCUAUGGGUCAUGUGCCAUUGGUUUGAGGAAAUCUGUGUCCUCUAACAAGAUGAAAUGUGUACUGUGUAGCAUGUAGUUGAGGUCUGACCCAUCUUUCAUCAGAGUGUACCAGACUUGCCUGUUCUACAAAACAGGGCUAAAGUUUGUUAUCAGACAGAUCUAGCACUACAGAGGCAAAUUCAUGCCCAUAAUAAUGAAAUCUAUAGUUUAUCAAAGCUAUGAAGGAUGCUUCUGCUUGAACUGAGAUUAAGAUCUAAUGCCCGCCAUCAUCAAGUGACUGUAUAGAGAAGUAGGAGCAGUACAUCAUCACAAGAGUGAGAACUAUUUGUUGGGCAGCUGUAGUAGAAACAGGCAUAAAAAAAUAUUUUCCUUUUAGUACCUAUCCCAUACCCCCAGGGCUGAUGUGAGCUGCCUAUGCCUUCUCCUAAGGGCAUUCAGAGUCCCACCCAUGCCCUGUGAAGACUGUUGUGCAGGCAUGGCUUGGCAGAGCCCAUAGUGCUGCACUAGGUAUACCUCUCUGAAGUAACUGUUGAUAUUGCAGUGGAAUGGACAACCGAAUGACUUUGAUGAGUGAGCUGGCAUCAGCCUCUCACUCCCACAGUCUUGUUAUCUAGUGCCUCCAGCUCCCAAGCCUCUAAUCUGUCUCAGAUUAUCUUGGUCAUAAUCAGGACUUCAUCCCCCUAGGCCAUGGAGUUGGACUUUAUGUCUUAAGUUUUAACUCUGAUGUCUUUGUAAUAACAGGGGUGGCACUGUUGCACAGCAGAUAGUGUUAGCACCUAACAGCAAGAGAUUCCCUAGUUUGAUUCUUAGUUGGGGUCCCUUCUUUGCGGAGUCUGCAUGUUCUGCCUGUGUCCAUGUGGGUUUCCUCCUACAUUCCAAAGACCAGCAGUAGUUGGAUUGGACACACUGAAUUGGCCAUAGGUGUGAGUGUGCAUGCAAGUGUGUGGUGUGGAAGAAUUAGUGCGGCAGUGCUAGCCACCCAUUCAGUGUGCACCUUGGCUGUAGAGGAUUUUCACUGUUGAAGUGACAUCCUGAUCCCAUGAGCAAAAAUGGGAAAAAGGGUUGUGGAUGGAUGGGUCUUCAUAAUAUACUAGUUUUCUGGGAGUUUACUGCAGCCUCUUUGUAACGUCAUGCUGCAACUUUGCUUGGAAUACAGCUUACAUGCAGGCAUUCAAGUUUUAGUUAUACUGGCAACUUAUGAGCUGGUAAGGGAGACACCAACCAUCUGAGAAGAGUACAGCAAUACCUGAGUUGUAAUUAGUAGUCACUAACUGAGCAGAAGUCCACCAACAAUGUCUGAGCAGCCUAUGGCUAGUUUGUAAGGCCCUCUGAAGCUGACCACCAAUGAGGUACCUUUGUAUGCCUUUUCCUUUAUCCCUUUUCAGUGCUGUUUUUGUCAUUUCUUGACCCAAAGCCAGUGUAUUACAGUAUUGCCAGUUACCAUGGUAUGGAUUGGUUUACUUAAAGUAGUUUAUUAGCAGCACUGUAUGCCUAUUACAGAAGAUUGACCAUAAUUGUGCACUAAACAGUAGCUUUUUUACAGUCAUAUGACCGGUUUUAGGUAUCUUUACCUUUGUCACCUGAAGAGUUUUUGUACACUAGCUGUAUUUGCCUGAAGGUCAAUAAAAGGGCAGUAGCCCUAAUGACCCCAUUCAUAAAGAGCAGCUCAAGAAGAUUUUAGCCCUUGCAUGUAAAUCUGUUCUAUGAUUAGAAACUUAUCAGUAAAUUUGUGUUACACUGUAUAUUGUAGAUGAUGAAGAAAACAUACAAUGCUUCAUAAGCUGUCAGGUAUUACUCAUAUUUUUGGAAAUUAAAUGUAUGCUACAUAUAACAACUUUGUGUAUUUUUUUAUUCUUGUAAUUCAAAUGCUUUACUGAUGUUACUUGAAACAUCUUCCUAUAAGACUUGCUCAUUAGAAGAAAAUUCCAGGAAUGUCUAUGUGUUUCACUGUUCAUGUAUAAGUGCCUAUACUGUUUUAUUUUUUAUACAGUUCUAUCUGUAUCAAAAUCAAUGAGAAAAUUAAAUAAUUAAAAAUACA